AUGUCCAACAAGGGAACGGUAAAUAUUGACGAUUUCUUGAAAAUCGAGAAAAUUGGAGAAGGCACAUAUGGGGUUGUGUACAAAGGAAAAAACAAGAAAACUGGCGAAUUAGUGGCUAUGAAGAAAAUCAGAUUGGAAAAUGAAGAGGAAGGAGUACCGUCCACUGCCAUCAGAGAAAUAUCGCUGCUCAAGGAGUUACGGCAUCGCAAUGUGGUGUCGCUCGAAGAUGUCAUGAUGGAAGAACAAAGGCUGUAUCUGAUAUUCGAGUUCUUGUGCAUGGAUCUCAAGAAAUACAUCGACAAAAUAGAGUCCGGCAAGUUCAUGGACCCGAAGUUGGUGAAAAGUUAUCUCUAUCAAAUCAACGAGGCCAUUUUGUUCUGCCACCAGAGGAGAGUCCUGCACAGGGAUUUGAAACCGCAAAAUCUGCUCAUUACGAAAGAUGGUGUUAUAAAGGUAGCCGAUUUGGGUCUUGGCCGAGCUUUCGGCGUUCCUGUGCGUGUUUACACCCACGAAGUUGUCACCCUUUGGUACAGGGCGCCCGAGGUGCUUCUGGGCUCCGCCAGGUAUUCCUGCCCCAUCGACGUGUGGUCGAUGGGCUGCAUCUUCGCCGAGAUGGCCACCAAGCGGCCCCUGUUUCAGGGGGAUUCUGAGAUCGAUCAGCUGUUCAGGAUUUUCAGGGUGUUGAAGACUCCCACCGAGGAAAUAUGGCCGGGUGUGUCUUCGUUGCCCGACUACACAGGAACCUUUCCCAAUUGGACGAACUACAAUCUGCCCAGCCAAGUAAAGAAUUUGGACAACGACGGGGUGGAUUUGCUCAAGCAAAUGCUGGUCUACGACCCUGCCAAGAGGAUUUCCGCCAAAAGGGCGGCAGCGCAUCCCUAUUUCGAGGAUGUGGAUUUGACGGUCAAACCGGUGUUCUUCGAGAAGGAUGGCAAGAGCACU